CAACCACAGUAGCUCCGAGAUCGCACAUACGGAAUGGGUACAAGUCGCUACUCCGGAGUCCGGAUACACAGCUAACUGAUAACCGACAUUAGCCGUGCACGCCUCGAUGAGAACAUAAUCAUAUUAUUAUAAUAUAAUCAACAUUAAAAUGCCAAACGACCUACUGAAUACUCAAUAAUUUCAUGUAAAACUCCAAACGCCCGUGAAAGUAAAACGGUUAAUCAAUCGAAACUAAUCAAAAGUUUUGAUUAACAUGAACACAUCAAUAACACAGUAGACACGCACAUCAUGGUCUUAACAUUUUUUAUUCCAUAACGAUUGUCAUGUGCUAAUAUUGUUAUUUUUUAUUAAAUGUUGACAACAGUAAAAGUACAUUUGCAGUAGUUUUUAGACGGUCGCGACUUGAGUGUUUUCAUUAAUUAGUUGGCCAAGUUUUUAUUAUCACUUUUUUUUUUAACAAGUGAACCGGGUUUUUGAAUCACACAAGUACUGAGAUCCCAAUUAAGUUAUUGUAAUUGCAACAUUGUUCUGCACUAUUACUAGCAAGAAGUGGGAUCCAGUAGCUGUAAGUAAUCUGUCAAAAUAACCCUUAAAUAAAUCAUUAAGAAACAGUUUAUCGUUUUAUUUUGAAUUAAACAGUUAUAUUUAAUAUUAUAUUAAUUAUUUUGCUGAGAAAAAAAAAAAUGUUAUUAAAUUAGGCUACACUUUUGACUGGGAAUGAAUAGAUAUGCCCCCAGUAGUAGAAAAAAAACAUAGUACAACUAGUAAAGGAAUAUUGAAUCGCAAGUCUAAAGAAAAAAAGAACAAACGCAAAUUAAAACAUAAAGAACACAAAAGAAAUAGCGGUUCAUCAUCAAAUAAACCUUUAGUUGAAUAUUCAGAUGUAAGUUCCGAAGAGCUUAGCAGUCCUGAAGCAGGUGAAAUACAUAGUGAUGUUGAGGAGAGUGCAGUUGCACGACAGCAAAAAUCUAUAAAUGACAUAAUUGUUCAAAAUAUACAUAUAACUAAAAAAAAUUCGCCUAAAUCCUUAUUAGAAACCUGUUCUGUAUUAAAUAAUCAAUGGGAACAGGAUUCAUUGCCUGAUGAAUCUUCAGUGUUAACAAACUUUACCAAAAGUAAUGGUGUUACAGAUAUAAUGUCGUCUCCUAAGCAAAAACGACUAAAACACAAAAAAUCUAAAAAACUAAGUAAAAAAUUCACUAGCCCUUGUUCUAAGAAGAAAAAAAAGAAGAAAGAGAUCAAAGAAAUAACUGAUUCGUCCAACUUUGGUAAUAGUAGUUUCUUAAAGCUUCCUGUUCUGCCUGAAUUAAAAUUUUCCAAAAACAAUGGGGAUACUUUGGUUGAGUCUUGUAGUAUUGUACAUCCCCCCAAUGAGGAAUCACAUACUCCACCAUUAGCACAGUCAGCUUGCAUAGCUGUUUCCAAAGUUGAACCAACCCACAAUGAAGAUGCAAAACAUAUCAAGCACCUUAGAAAAGAAGAAGAAAAAAGUUGGAUGAAGAGCCCAUCAUUAUUAAAUAUAGAAACAAGAAAAGAGUAUAGUCGUACCCCUGAACCUCCAGAUGGUCGAUACAGUUAUAGUUCAAGGAGUACUCCAAAACAUCACAGCCGUGACCAUAAAAGACGAAUGGACGAUUAUAAUGAUAGAUGCGACAGCGAUGGGUUAAAACACAGUAAAAAUAAAGCUCGUGAUAAAUAUGAAAGGAGUAGAACUCGAAAAAAGAAAACUGAUAAAGCUAGAUCACCUGGUCACAGUCAUAGAUUAUCAAGAAGUCCCAUACGAGGAGAUCGGCGCCAUCAUGAGCAUUUAAGGAGUUCAAAGCUAUCACGUUCUCGAUCACAUUCACCUCACAUAAGACAUGAUCAUAAUGAUUACCACUCGCCGAAACAUUGCCAAAAAUCUCCAGCUCGUAUCCAUUUAAAAUCUUCAUCUAAACAUACGUCCUAUCCAUCAAUAUUAUCCCCUCAUCAUAAUUCCUCUGCAUCCUCUCCACACAGGUCUCGGUCAUCGAGGAAACCUUCAAAUCGUUCCAGUUCAAAGUACUUUAGAUCGCCAACUAAAAAUGUCCGUAGUCGCAGUCGUUCACUUACUCCAAAUAAGGAGUCUAGAAAUAGAAACUCAGAUAGUGACUCGCUUGAAAAUUAUUCAUCCGCUUCCAAAGGAAAAAGAUUGAAUAAAAGUCCUUCCAAGCAAUUUAAGCCAAAAAUAAAAAUGAGUGAAACAAGUCUGUUUGCUGAAUUAGUAAAAGAUCGAAAAAGGCAAGAAUUGGUUAUGAAACGUUUAACACAAAUAAGUAACAAGACUGGUGAUGAUGUUGAAGUAGUAGAAAUUCAUGAUGAUUCGGAAACCGAACAAAAAGACAGUGAGAUUUAUAAUUUAAACUCAAAGUCAUGUAAAAGUAAUGGAAAUGAUGAUAUUGAUUCAAGUGUGCUGGGCAAUGUAUCAGAAAAUACAGUGCAACCCAGCAACUCUGAACCAGAAAUAACUUCUGUAAAAACAAAUAAUAUUCCAACUUCCAAGGAUCCAAAUAAUGUUAUUUUUAGCCCUACAGUAGAAAAUAAAGAGAAUGGAGUACAACAGUCACAAGAAUCAAUUUCAUCAAAUUCGUCAAAGUUAUCACCACUAGAUAAAAAUAUAACUGUACAAAAUGAUAACUUGGAUAUAUUAAAGGUGCCAAUGCCACCUAUAGCUGAUUUACAAAAUCACGUGUCUCCAGAUUCUGAGAUUAAAUUUUCAAGAAAAAGUAUCAAGGACUUACCUUUACCACCUGGGUCUGUUCCCGAACCAAAGAUGGAGGGAAAAGCACCGUUAAUACCAGAAAUGACACCCAAUACUCAUCCGUUACCAGGAUUCGAACAAAGUGUCGUUAAAAGGUCAAUUAUGUUAGGCUUAGGCACUGGAUUCCCACAAAGUUUUUCUUUUACUUCAAAUUCCAAUCGACCAAUUCGCCCUAUAGAUCCAAAUAUUAAGAUUAAAAGACCAAAAGUGUUACAUCGAAGACGAGGUACAAAAUCUGCUGCUGCUAAUAGCCCUAUUGAUUGGGGUGAACAAUGUGUUGACAUGUUUGAAGUCAUAAAUCAGAUUGGUGAAGGUACUUAUGGUCAAGUUUAUAAGGCUAAAGAUAAAGCUACAGGUGUUUUAGUUGCUUUAAAAAAAGUACGUCUAGAAAAUGAAAAGGAAGGAUUCCCUAUAACAGCUGUGCGUGAAAUUAAAAUUCUACGUCAACUAAAUCACAAAAAUAUUGUUAACCUCAGAGAAAUAGUUACUGACAAGCAAGAUGCUUUAGAUUUCAAAAAGGAUAGAGGUUCAUUUUAUUUAGUUUUUGAGUACAUGGAUCAUGAUUUAAUGGGCUUACUAGAGUCGGGAAUGGUAGAUUUUAAUGAGACACAUAAUGCCAGUAUUAUGCGCCAGUUACUAGAGGGCCUAAAUUAUUGUCAUCGUAGAAAUUUUCUACACAGAGACAUUAAGUGCAGCAACAUCUUAAUGAACAACAAAGGUGAAGUGAAACUUGCAGAUUUUGGACUGGCUAGAUUGUAUAAUGCUCAAGAUAGACAACGACCAUACACCAAUAAAGUUAUAACACUAUGGUAUCGACCUCCCGAGUUACUGCUUGGAGAAGAAAGGUAUGGUACAUCCAUUGAUGUUUGGUCUUGUGGAUGUAUAUUAGGUGAAUUGUUCUUAAAAAAACCAUUAUUUCAAGCUAAUGAAGAAAUGAUGCAAUUAGAAACUAUAUCACGACUUUGUGGAAGUCCAACUCCGGCUGUAUGGCCUACAGUAAUUAACUUGCCCUUCUGGCAUUCCUUGAAAGCAAAAAAAGUACAUCGUCGACGUUUACGCGAGGAAUUUACAUUUAUGAAUGAUGGAGCAUUAGAUUUAUUAGACAGUAUGCUAGAGUUAGAUCCUAGUAAGAGAAUUACUGCUGACAAAGCUUUAAAAUGCAGUUGGCUAAAGAACGUACAACCAGAAAAAAUGGAUGUUGUGGCAGCACUACCAACUUGGCAGGAUUGUCAUGAACUAUGGAGUAAGAAAAGGAAAAGGGAUCAAAGGGUACGAGAAAAUCAACCAAAAAAUAAUGAAACUGGUGAAUCGGUACCAGGAGUUCCUUCUGAUCAGCAAAAUAAUGGAAACAAUUCUGCUGAAGGCACCAAACCAAAUUCUGAAAAUAAUAACUAUAACGAAGUUGAAAAUGAUAUUGCAUUAGCAGCAAUAGUUAGCAAUACUAACAUUGAAUGUAACAAACUUGAUAGUGACGAUGUUGAAAAACCAAAAAAUUCUAAUGCAGAAAUUGAUGAGGUGACUAGUACUACUUUAGAUAUAGUUGAAGACCUCAAUCUUACUCCGCCAAUUAACAAUGAGUUCAGCUCUUGUGUGAACUCAUUUUUACCACCUACUGAACGAUUUUAGGUCAUUAAAUACAAGUGUUUUGAUUCUUAAUUAUUAUAAUACUUUAUUCAAUGUAGUUUAUCUUAAUUGAAUAAUAUUCUACUUCAAAGUUAUUCGGUGAAUAUAUAAUUUAUAUGGGUAAUGACUAACCAUGUAUUUUUUAUUAAUCUUGAUUAUGUUUAUAACUUUGACUUAAGUUAAAUUCAAAUUUAAUUAUUUUUAUAUUUUUUGUUCUGUGAACUUAAUUACAAUUAUAUAAUAUUUGUAAAUCGAUUUUCUUCUGAUUUUAAGAGCAUAUAUUUUUUUAUUAUAUAAAUAUAUGUUUGACAUAUUGUCUAGAUGGGCACUUGUUUGUCGAUGUUAUAAUACUAUUACUCGGUGUUUAUACAUACUUGUAUUUUACUUUAAAAAAGAAGCCCAUUCUUACUUUGUAAAUGAGAUAAGUAAUUUUAUUUUUUUAUUUCCAAGAAACGAACCCCAAAUUGUAUUGUACUAAACAUAAAUUUAAAAAUGAUAUGUAAAUACGCGCUUAAAACUGUCUUUAAACAGACAAUCGAUUAUCAGGGUACAAAGUACAAACAAUAGUUCAACAGUAAUUUCAACUUAGUGCGGUUUUUAAUCUAUGUUUCUCUAUGGAAUUUUUAGACUGUCUAGAACUAUUUAAAUUUGUUGGAAACCUUGUCGUGUAUUGUUUAAAUUUGAUAUUGUACAAUUUGUAAGUAUUCAUGUUUAAGUUAAGGACAAAAACAAUGUUGUAAGUAUGACUUGGCUGUAAAACGGAAAUCAUUCAUUAUUUUUGUUAAAAUAGGUAUUAUAUUUAUUCGUAUAUUGUAUUGUACAACAGAGUUUUGUCUUUGUCACGUGACGUCUAAAUAGUUGUUAAGAUAAUUUUUCGGAGGAUAAUGUAAUGUGUUUAUGAACAAGAAGUUGUUUUAUGUAUGCUAUUGUGUAUAUUUGACACUGUAAUUAUAUUUUACCAUAAUAAUACAAUAAUUAAAACAACGUAAAAAUAGUGACAAACAAACAAUAUUCAAAUAAUGUGUGUGAAUUAAGUUUUUUUAAUUGUUACACCACGGUAUAGAAGAAGAAAAUCUUCUAUACCGUGGUUGUAUAUUAUGAUAUCAGAUGUAUUUAUGUAUAAUAUUU